CGAACACGUGCGGUAGCCAAUUCGAGCCUACGAGUCGAGUAUCGUUUUGAGUCUAACAGAGCCAGAGUUUCUGUGUACGUGGGUGUAUGUGUGCGUGUGUGUGCAUUGAAGCACACAGUUUCACAAGUGUACUGGAGGCGAUUUCAGCCGUUGAAAACGUAAAUAUUAAACAACAGUCAUAACAACAGCAACAACAAUAACUAGUGCAAACACAAAGUGUUACGCUCUAUAUUUAUUAGGCAACAACAACAAUAACAACUAAUGCAACAAUAGCAGCAAAAGCCAGUUGAAUUUGUGCCAAAUUUUAGUCAGUGUGUGUUUACAGUUCAACGUGCGUGUGUGUUGGUGCUUUUCAUAUUUUGCCAGCUCGCAGUCGCACACACAAACAAAUACAUAUAGAGAGUAACAUAGUUUUCUUGUGUGCUUUGUCAUAGUGAAAUUGCAACUGCCGCUUGCUUGCUUGUUUUGCGUCUUCAAGUUUUUGUUGCUGCCAAAGUCACUGUUAUAAAAUAGUGCACAAAAUGUCACUGCAUAGCGUCGCACCGUUGCAGUUUUGGUUGGUCAUCCUUUUGGGGUUAAGCCACUUUGGCACGCGUACCGAGGCACGUGCGGUCAAUGUCAGCAACACUUGGACCAUGCCGCAGGAGGGACUCAACGUCUUCUAUCGCUUCUUCCGUGAUCGAAUAUCUUGGUUUGAGGCUGAUGCUGUUUGCCAAUUUCAUCACGCCAAUCUGGUGACCGUCGACAACAGCUUUCAAUUUGAUGCAACAAGAGAUCUACUCCGUGAGCUUGAUGUGAAUGACAUCGUUUGGAUUGGUUUAAUGAGACCGCAAAGUUCCGACCGUUUUAUGUGGUCUAAUUCCCGUCCACUGGUCACCGACACUGGCUACUGGGCUGAAUCGCUGCCACUAAUGGAUGCACCAUUAUGCGCCGUUAUCGAUCCCAUACGCGAUUAUCGCUGGCAUGCGUUGCGUUGCGGCGGACCUGAGACCGCAUCGUUCCUCUGCGAAAUGCCGGUGCCUUCUUGGGCUGAUUCUUGCAUACUCAAGGAUAUGCCGAAUCUUACCAUGCAGUACAUGGCCGACACUGCAAGCAUUGAGUUGAUACGCAACUGCGCCGAGGAGGGUCUGCUGAAGCAGUCGUGCAAGGGGAAACAGGACCGCGAUCGCGCACUACGUGAACUGAUCUGUCCCCGAGAGCGUCUCGAAGCGCAACGCAUCAAUGACAUAACUAAUUCUCACUUCAAAUCGCUACAAAUAAUUAACAGUAUACGCACAGACAACAACGAGAAUAAUGACAUUGAACUGCUACCGCUAGGAGAAACAUCGUACGGCUCUGCCAGCAGCAGCGACAUCUCUGAACAAGUGCCAACGGAGAAGAAUACCGUACAGCGCCUGAUUGAACAAUUCAAUGUGGACGAUCUGAUGCAGGCCGAUGAGGCAGCAGUGCCGAUGAGCAUUUAUCACAUACCCGGUGAGAUCCCCAAACCAGUGAAGAAAGCCGCAAAGAAAGUGAUCAUAACAAAUGGUGGGGAAUACCAAAAGAAGAUUCCUGCACAGAAAUAUGAUGAGGGUAGCAUUCAGUUGCCACCACCAACACCCAAACCAAAAAAGCAACAACAGUUGUUGGCACUCGAAGACAUGAUGAUGGGCGAUCAGCCACAACAAAGCGGCGAACCUGAAAUGUUGGAGCAUAUGGGACCUGAAGAUGAUGAAGUUUCGAAUGAAAUAAUGGAACCGCUGCCACAUAAGAAGAAGGUGUUACCACAGGAUUUGCGAACAAUGACACCCAUAACCGAGAAGUCUUCGGACGAGAUGAUAAGCAGAGAAAAACCAGCGCACAAGGCUGAGAGAAUGCCAACAUUCGAAACUACGUCAGCGCCAACUACAACUACUAGCAGUAGUACUACAUUAGCGCCCACAACAACGACUACUACAACUAUUACCACCACAACAACCUCUACAACAGCAGCAGCGUCAUCAAGUGCGGCUAGCAGUACUACAAUUCCAGACUUUGUUUCAUCCACAACUGCCACAGAAGUGAAAAUUUCAACAGCAGAAACUACCCAAGAACCUGCCGCAGCUACCACCCUACAUGCUUCCAGUGCCACAUCUGCGCAUACAAUCGAGUCCGAGACUCUUACUCACUCUUCCUCCACAUCGUCCAGCAGCUCGGUAACAACACAUGCGGCACCUAAAUCCAUUGAUGUCGAAGAUACUGAAUCUCUUUCGAAUAUCGGUCAUCCCAUGCAUCCACAACAGCAGCACGCUAAUAGUAAAUUCGAAGAGUUACCACAUCCUCAUGUGAAGGAAUUAGCAGACAAUUCGCAUUUUAUACCGCCAAUGUUGUUGGUGAAGUCGCAUUAUGUACCCCCGCCGAAGCACAAUGAACACGAACAUCACAGCGGUAGUUCGAAUGUGGGAUCCGCUGCUCAUGAUGGACGUGGAGAUAUUCACGUGACUACAGGCAAACCGAUUGAGGGUACAGUACACUCCAGCAGCACAAGCAACUACACGCCCACAGAAACAACACACAGUCACACAAUGGCCGAGAAAAGUGCUGAAACUGACGUUGAGACGAUGACCACAAUAACGGUGACCGCCACAAUGGCAGCAAUAAAAGCGGCAACAACAAAAACAACAACAGCAGCACCGGCAGCAUCCGAGACAACCACCAACAUUGAUGGAUUGACAGGCGAGGCGAUCGAUAAAUCCACAUUACCAGCUCAGCUAACCGCUCAGAUAAUUGACAGCACGAGUGCGGCAAAGACAAAUCAGCACCAACCACAACAAAAACAACAACAACAACAGAAAGACAAUGACAAGCCGAAUAAUAUGAAGAGACAAGCGCAAGCUGCCAGCGAAGAAGACGAAAUUACGGAGAAAAUUGAAAAUGCCAAAGAAGUUGUUGUCGAGCGAACAACAACAGCAACAAAAUCUGAAGAAACAACAACUACAACAGCGCCAAUAACAACAGUGGCUGCCAACGUUAACAAGCAGCAUGCAACAGCAACAGCCGAAACAAUAACAACAACUGUAAAAGCACCAGCAACAACAACAACAAAAACUGAUGACAACGCUUCAAGACAUGAAAUUGAGAAGCCAGUAAAGCGGGGCCCACAAACAAAAGAAAUGUCCAUGCUGACAACUAAUGUUGGUACAGAAGACAUGCCAGCAACCACAACAAAAACUAUUACUACUACAACCAGUAAGCCAACAACAGCGCAGACGGAUAAGUUGCACACAAUAAAACCCGCAACCGCAACACAAAAGCCACCGCAGCAAGAGUCAACCAAAACAACAACAGCAGCAACAACAAUAGCUGAAGGCAUACUGCGAAACAAUGACAAUGCCGAAAAUGUACGUCCUUCAUCACAAUCAAUCUUGGCCACAGCUGAUGCCGCUACCAACGCUCCAACUGCUUCCUCCGCAGCUUCCGCUUUCACUUCCGCAGCAACUGUCACACCGUCAACACACACAAUUACAAUAACAACUGCAUGCAGCAGUGACACAUAUUUAGAUGCGACAACCGCCGACACCUUGGAUGCGAGCUCAACAACCGAAGACACCGCCGCCGGCAAGAAGCUGACGCGUGUACAUCGCACUUGCCAGCCACGCAUCGAAAAGACACUGACACACAAGGGCAAGCACACGAAGCAUCAUGCUGUACACACCAUUGAGCCGCCGACACCGACGCGCAACUUUCUGAAGGAGGAGACCGAGACGCCGCCCUACAAGCCCAAUCGCCAUCGCGUGCUGACCAAACCGGAAACUGUCAGCUAUUUCAAGAAGAUUCUAGGUUAAGCGGACUAUGUGCGUUGAAUGAGGGAGUGCUGAGGGCGGGAUGAUCAUAUGAGGUAACACAAGUACGAGGUAAGAAGUUUGAAGGGUUGAGUUCUCCCGCAUAUGAGGCGAAACAAAAACAAAACCGAGUAAAAUAUAUUUACUUAAAACGCAGCUAACUAAGUUUGUAGUUAAGAUUAAAAAACAAAGUGAAACGCGGACUAAGGCGGAGAUAAUAGUUGUUUGCGAGGCAUAGCAUAGCUUAGGCUGAGAAAACACAAAGAUAUGUAGAGGCAGAUAAUAAUUGUUGCAAACGUCACGCAGCUUAACAACUCGGAUUUAAAUGACAAAGUAAGCGGCUAAAGCAUAAAAAAGGGAAAAUUAUAGCAUGUCAAUUUGGGAGAUAAGAAAAUGGUUUAUGAGUUAUAAAUUGGUCACAACAGAGCUCUUACAGGCCAAAGGUAACGUUUGUUGACCCGAGAGUUGUGCUCGUGUUUAAUAUUAAGGUCAUUAAAAUGCAUAAAUAUCAAAGGUGAGCAGGGUAUAAGCAGAAGGUUUACAUUGAUGUAUGUAAAUUUCGAUGAAGGCCAAAAUAGUUGAGUAUCAUUGCAUAGGUUUACACAAACUACUACACAUACACAGAAACACAGAAAACAAAAAACAAAAUAAAAAGUAAAAAAAAAAAAAAUAAUAAUUACAUACAAAUAAGCCAACACCAAAGCCAUGGAUAUGAUGUUAUACAUUUUUAAUGUUUUAUUAUUAAUAUAGAUUUACUACAUAAGCCGAGAAAGUUAAAACGUUUCAUAGUUCGUUCUACAGAUAACUAAUUUUGUGUGCCAACGCCACGCCAGGUAAUCUACUGGGUAAAAUAUAGACCAGCUUAACUCGUAUGUUCACUGAUCGCAACUGAGCUUAGAGUCAACAGCAGGUUAGAACUCUGAUAGGUACAUAUAUAUCAUAAGGAGUCCAAUGAGCUCCUUUCUUCCAUGUAAACUAUGUCAAAACUAUACCUCACAGGAAUUACUGGGACACAAGCCAAUGAACUACAUUUCACUGAUGUUUUUCCCAAAUGAUGGAUUAAACCAACAAUGGGAACAUCUUACUUCUCUACUUUAGUGACUUGAAAUCUCAGCGUCUCUUCCACAAUAUACAGCUAUCACAAGCAUUACAUAAAUACAAAACAGUAAAUUGUGAACUUAGUCUGGCACUAUCCACCUUUCUUUGGCAAAAUUUGACACACGCAAACCAUUACUGACAAUUCGAUGCUCUUCAUCCGACUGUAUGUAAAGUAAUAAUGGGAAUGUUUCGAGAAAAUCGGUGCAGAUUUUAAGCUGUGCUAAUUCACGCUAAAUUAGUCGUAAGCCUUUUUCAGUCUUAAAUACUCUCUUAUUCCCUUCUCCCUCAUAAUGAAUCUUCGUUUCGUUAA